AUGCUGAGCGUGGUGCGCGUGCACCUGCCCUCGGAAAUUCCCAUUGUAGGCUGCGAACUCACGCCGUAUGUCCUCCUUCGCCGCCCCGACAAGACCAUCUCCACCGAUGAUGUUCCCGAAAUUGCCCCCUUAGAUGGUCAUUUCCUUCGCUAUAAAUGGUAUCGAGUACAGAGUGAUAAAAAAGUUGCUGUCUGUAGCAUACAUCCAUCAGAACAAGCCACACUGCAAUGCCUAGGUUGUGUUAAGGCCAAAAUUUCUCUUUCCAAGAGUUACCAUUGCAGCACAAAGUGUUUUUCAGACGCAUGGCAGCAUCAUCGGGUCUUACAUGAUCGUGCUGCUAGUGCUCUUAAUGAAAAUGGAAAUGAGGAGGAAGAGGUAUUUGGGCGCUUUAAUAGUACUGGAUCUGGGGCAAUCAAUUCCAGCUUAUCUGCUUCUGCAUCAAGUGCUAGCUUGACAAAUGGGUCUGGAACACCUUUGUAUCCCGCUGCUGUCACACAAAGAAGUGGUGAAACUUGGUUUGAAGUUGGUAGAGCUAAGACUUACACCCCUACUGCUGAUGACAUUGGUCAUGUCCUUAAGUUUGAGUGUGUCGUAGUCGAUGCAGAGACAAAACUGCCUGUGGGGGCUGUUAACACUAUACUAACUUCACGUGUCAUUCCUGCUCCCUCACCUAUUCCACGCCGGCUGAUACCUGUUGAUGGAAUGGGGCAUGCAGAUGUGGAUGGGAGAAUGGCAACUUCAGGAACGUUUACUGUUCUAUCAUACAAUAUAUUGUCUGAAGCAUAUGCCUCAAAUGAUCUAUACAAUUAUUGCCCUUCAUGGGCACUUUCUUGGCCAUAUCGCAGGCAAAAUUUGUUACGAGAAAUUGUUGGUUAUCGUGCAGACAUUAUUUGUCUUCAGGAGGUUCAAAGUGAUCAUUAUGAUGAAUUUUUUUCUCCUGAACUGGACAAACAUGGAUAUUAUGGACUUUACAAGAGAAAAACAAAUGAGGUGUACAGUAGCAACACAAAUACAAUUGAUGGUUGUGCAACAUUUUUCCGUAGAGACAGAUUUUCACAUGUGAAGAAAUAUGAGGUUGAAUUUAACAAGGCUGCACAGUCUUUGACAGAGGCUACAAUUCCAACCACUCAGAAGAAAACUGCCUUGAAUCGACUGGUUAAGGAUAAUGUUGCACUUAUAGUGGUUCUAGAAGCAAAAGUUAACAAUCAGCCAUUUGAUAAUCCUGGGAAAAGACAGCUUCUUUGUGUGGCAAAUACUCAUGUGAAUGUCCCCCAGGAUUUAAAGGAUGUGAAACUCUGGCAGGUUCAUACUCUCUUAAAAGGGUUGGAGAAAAUAGCUGCAAGUGCAGACAUUCCAAUGUUGGUUUGUGGAGAUUUUAAUUCAGUUCCGGGAAGUGCUCCUCAUGCACUUCUUGCAAUGGGGAAGGUAGAUCCUUCACAUCCAGAUUUAGCAGUUGACCCACUUAACAUUUUACGUCCUCACAGCAAGUUGGUUCAUCAGUUACCACUGGUCAGUGCAUACUCGUCGUUUGCGAGAACGGUUAGCCUUGGAUAUGAUCAGCAUAAAAGGAGACUGGACGGUGGAACAAAUGAACCUUUAUUCACAAAUGUCACUAGAGAUUUUAUUGGCACUCUAGAUUACAUAUUUUACACAGCGGAUUCAUUGGUUGUGGAGAAGUUAUUGGAGUUACUGGAUGAGGAGAGUUUGAGGAAGGACACUGCACUUCCUUCACCUGAAUGGUCCUCAGAUCACAUAGCUCUCUUAGCCGAGUUCCGCUGCUGCAAGAAUAAAUCUAGGCGUUGA